AAGCUGAACGAGCUCUUCCGUGGAUUAGAAAUCAGAGCCAACCUGAACCAGAGGACAAUGAUGUUGAUAUGGAUCAAGACAAUGAGCAGCGCGCAGAAGAUGAGCGGGAGCCAAUACGGAACGGAGGACAAUUUGAUAUGACAAGCAAGCUGGACUCGGCUCAUAUACGGACGGCAUCUCUUUCUUUUACCUCUUCCGAUAUGCCUGCAAACAUACUACGACGUAAACUGUUCGUGCCUUCAAAAGAGAUGAUGGACCAAUACCUCCUUCUGGAUCCAUUCAUUGUCAUACCUCAACCAGGUCACGUUCACAGCCUUGCUGCUACGCCGUGUAUGUCCUAUCUCUUGACAGGCUCUGAAGACGGUUAUGUCCGGACCUAUGACUUUUGGGCAAGCGCAAACGGGAAGAACAUGCUAUCCACUCAGCAACGAGCGAUGGCGACGCUUGGAGAAGGCGUCAACAAGGGAGGGGUCGUCAAGGGGUAUUACAAGAACGAAGUCGAGAUCGAGGAGGUUGUUGGGGAGGAGGAAGAAGAACCCCCGCAGGACGAUGGACCCGCUUUGCCGUGGCUACAAACGGCCUCGCAGCCCGCAAAACCAGCGAAAGAAAUUAUCAAGACGAGAAAGAUGCAGCCCGUGCAUAGUCUCGCCGUUCAGGGUGAUGGUCUCUGGGCACUGUCAGGUACAGAGACCGGCAUGAUCAAUCUGACUACAAUACGACACGAUCCUGGAAGAAUCGUCUACGUCUUUGACGCACCUGAGAGACAUACUAAACCGGUCUCCGUGUUACUGCUUGAAAACGAUGAACAGCAUCUGAUCAGCGGAGGAUGGGAUAAUCAAGUCAAGGAAUGGGACCUGAAUACGGGUCAAGUGAUACGCACCUUCAGCAAGCACAAGGGUCCGAUUUCAGCGAUACAAUUCAGGCCCCUCGGUUUGCCUACGACAGCAAGCAAAGGCGACAAUGUGGCGUUCACUGCAAACGGAGGGUCCAACGGACCCAUCACCAAUAGUGAUACGCAAACGGAUGGGGCAAAUAAGACGGGAGAUAUGGAGGACGCUGAGGGAUCGCCAGACUCGUACGGAUCCCUGUUCGGCGAUGAAGAGGAGGAGGAAGGUGGUGCCAAAAAGCAGGAAAAGCCAAAACCUGCUGAACCAGCUCCCGUUGUCCCGUCAGCCCAGCCGAGCAAGUUGUUGCCAUCGCAAGUGAAGGCCGUCCCCGCGCCGCCCUCACGACCCGGGAUCCUUUCAGCCGGUCUGAAGGGGCAGCCGAGAGUGGGAUUACCCCCCUUGGCACCGGAAACAUACCGUCAGUUUUCUGACGCCGUCAUGCUGGUGGCUUCAAUGGAUGGCGAGGUUGCCCUGCAUGAUAAACGGAUAGAGAGCACCUUGGUAGGGAAGCUCGAAGGGAGUCUGAAAAGCGGACCUUGGUGCAUGUCGGCAUGCUUCUCGGCAGAUGGGACUCAGGUCAUCGCGGGGCGUCGGAAUGCCUCGUUAGACGUCUGGGACGUCCGGAAAGGCGGAACUAGCGGAACGACCGAGACACCGAAUCUGUUAAGAACCUUACGCCAUCCGGCCACGUCACAGUGGGUCAGCGCUGUAGCAGCAUUCCCUGAUGGCAAACACAUUGCCUGUGCAUCGGUCGACUGUGUUCGGUUAUGGAAUACGGCCGAUCUCUGGAAUCCAGAAAGUAACAUGAAGAAGAGCAAAUCGGGAGUCCCUUUCCGCAUCGUCGCUGGUCAUCAUGGCGGUACCGUCUCCAAAAUCCACAUCGACCCGACGGGCCAAUACAUGGUCACAGCGACGGGCAAUCGAGGAUGGGCCGGGGAUGCCACCAAGGUUGUUCUGGUGCACGAGAGAAAAUGAUCAUCCUGCAAAAGCAGGGCAGCAUACCCGCACACUCAGUUGUAACCCCAACAUCACGUGACCUGACAUAGUCGGAGCCUUUUACGGGCGAUUGCUUCCGUCAAUUGCCGGACGAUACCCGGAAC